AUGGUUCAGGGAGCAGGGCUUCCGGUCCAGCAUAUUGAGUCAAACAUAAUAGAACUUGAUGUUGCUACUGACUGUAGUUUAGAUGAUAGUGAAGAACAUGGCUGUCAGUCUUCUGAUUCUUCAGAUAAUUCUGACAUUGAAUCUGAUUCAUUAGAAAGACUGCAUACACAAAAAGAGAGGAAGAUAUCUGAUAAAUUGACUGAGUAUAAGGAGUUACACAAUUCCAUGACAUUCAAAAACAUUCCAGAAGCUAGAAAAUUCAUCAACAUGUAUUCCCUUGCUAAUGGUUAUGGGUUAAAACAACUUAAGAGUUUCCCCCAAAAGCUUAGGUACAGAUGUUUAUAUGAAGAUUGCCCCUUUGUUUGUCAUAUUUUCAAAGACUCUAAAGGUCCUAGUGUUAAAUUCAAGACAUUAAAGGAAGAACAUAAGUGUAAUACUGCAUAUGAUAACCAUAUGGUAAAUGCAAAAACCAUAGCUGUUUACUUUAAGAGAGGGCUUCAAGAUAAUCCUAAGAUUAAAAUUAAGGAGAUGAUGGCAAGUGUAAAAGCUACAUUUAAUAUCAAUGUUAGUCAUUCAAAAUGUAAGAGAGCCAAGAGAAUAAUAUUGGAGAAAAUGGAGUGUAGUUUUGCAUAUGAGUACAACAAGGUUGAGGCUUAUGCUAGUGAAUUAAGGUCUAGUAAUCCAGGAACAGCUGUGGUGAUUAAUAUUUCAAAGGAUGCACUUAUUAAAGGUAAAGGAAGAUUUCUAAGAAUGUACAUAUGUUUUCAUGCAUUGAAAAUGGGGUUUAAGAGUGGGUUGAGACCAUUCAUUGGCUUGGAUGGAACCUUUUUGAAAGUAAAAUGCAGGGGCCAAUUGUUAGUAGCUGUUGCUCAAGACUCCAUGAGGCACUUUUAUCCCUUAGCUUGGGUUGUUGUUGAUAAAGAGACCGAAGUGACAUGGAGUUGGUUCUUAAGGCUGCUACAACAUUCAUUGGACCUCAAAAUGGGAGAAGGGAUCACACUUAUUUUAGAUAUGCAAAAGGGUUUGAUUGAUUCAGUCCACUUGGUUCUUCCUGAAGCACACCAUAGAUAUUGUGAAGAUUUUAAAGACCAAUUAAGGAAUAUGACACAAGUGGAUGAAGAUGGAAAGGAGGUUGUUGAACAUUUGAUAAAGUACCCACCUGAAAGUUGGAGUAGAGCAUACUUUGACACUGUUUGCAAGAACUACUCAAUGGACAACAACCUAACUGAGUCCUUCAAUUCAUGGAUCAAGGAAGCAAGAUUCAAGCCAAUUAUCAAGGUGCUUGAGGAUAUUAAAGUAAAGGUUAUGAACUUGCUAAGGGAACAUGAAUUUGAUGUGAUGUCAUGGAAUAAUGACUUCAGUGCCCAAACAAUGCAACUGUAUAACCAAUACUUGAAGAUUGCAAACAAGUGUCAUAUUCAUUCCAAAGGUCAAGAAGGGUAUGAAGUGAGUGAAGAUGGUGGCAGACACACAGUGAAUAUGGUCACCAAGAUAUGCACAUGUAGGAUGUGGGACCUUAAUAGAAUCCCUUGUCCUUAUGCAAUCAAAGCAAUGCAACACACCAAGGUGAAUCCUUUAACUGAAAUACACCGGUGGUACUUCAAAUAG